AGCUCCCACCAGCUCUAGUUCCCGGGAGGAGAGAGAAAGCAGGGCGGAGGGAGACUGCUAAGAAGCACUGUUCCACACUCCAGACCCCAAACCUCCAGACCUGAGGUCCAACAACACCCAAUGGAAGACAAAAAGAAGAAACGGAGUCCUAAGCCCUGCCUGACCCAACCAGCACAGGCCCCAGGCACACUGCGCAGAGUCCCCGUGCCCACCAGCCACAGUGGCUCCUUGGCUUUGGGACUCCCUCAUUUGCCAUCACCCAAGCAGCGAGCCAAAUUCAAGAGAGUAGGCAAGGAGAAAUGCAGACCGGUGCUGGCUGGAGGUGGAGGCGGCUCCGCAGGCACACCCCUGCAACACUCCUUCCUGACAGAGGUGACAGAUGUCUAUGAGAUGGAGGGGGGACUACUGAACUUGCUCAAUGAUUUUCAUUCAGGUCGCCUGCAGGCCUUUGGGACGGAAUGUUCCUUCGAGCAGUUGGAGCAUGUUCGGGAGAUGCAGGAGAAGUUGGCUAGACUUCACUUCAGCCUGGAUGUGUGUGGCGAGGAAGAGGACGAGGAGGAGGAAGAGGAUGGGGUCACAGAAGGCUUGCCUGAGGAGCAGAAGAAGACAAUGGCUGACAGAAACCUGGACCAGCUGCUUAGCAAUCUAGAAGAUCUUAGCAAUUCCAUACAGAAGCUGCAUUUGGCAGAGAAUGCUGAGCCUGAGGAGCAGCCAACGGCGUAGGUGUCGCCUAGACUCUUCUCUCCUCUUCAAACUGUGACUUUUUACGGAUUCGGGAGCCCCUAGGUGCUAUGGGGUCGGGGGCACUGGCUGGAAUUAAACAAACUGAAAAGCGA